AUUAACAUGCAGAGGACAGAGCCGUGUCGAUGUUGUCGUAUCAGAGUGUGUCGGGUGUAUUUUACUUAUUGCCGACGGACAUCUGGCUUAGAAAAGAAGAGAUCAGUUCAUUUAGCAGUUAAAUAAAUAAAGGGGUAAAUGGCUGCCUCCCAGUCAUCGGGCACCACUAAACGGAGGAACAAGAAUGUGUCAAACGGGGUCAGUGGCAUCGAGAAGGAGCAGCUAGGACAAUGGGGCAGAGCCUGGGAGGUGGACUGGUUCUCGCUGAUCAGUGUCAUCUUGUUGCUGUGUUUCGCUCCCUUCAUAGUGUUCUAUUUUGUGAUGGCCUGUGACCAGUACGACUGCUCUGUGACGGAGCCCGUAGCUGACUUGUACACAGGGAAAUCCAGUCUACCAGAUAUCUGGAAUCGGGCGCCUUCCUUCACCUGGACUGCUGCAAAAAUCUACUUCAUCUGGGUUACCUUUCAGAUUGUGCUGUACAUGUGCCUUCCAGAUUUGUGUCACAAGUUCCUGCCAGGAUAUGUGGGCGGGGUUCAGGAAGGCGCACGCACCCCGGCAGGCACAGUAAAUAACUACCAGAUCAAUGGCUUACAGUGCUGGAUUAUAACUCACGCCGUCUGGUUUGCAAAUGCCUACUACUUCAAAUGGUUUUCCCCUACUAUCAUUUUCGAUAACUGGAUUCCACUGCUUUGGUGCGCCAAUAUCUUGGGCUAUUCUGUCUCCACUUUUGCUUUUAUUAAGGCAUACUUGUUUCCCACAAAUGCAAAAGACUGUAAAUUCACUGGGAACUUCUUCUACAAUUACAUGAUGGGAGUGGAGUUUAAUCCCAGGAUUGGGAGCUGGUUCGAUUUUAAGCUCUUCUUCAACGGACGCCCUGGAAUCAUAGCCUGGACCCUCAUCAACCUCUCCUAUGCAGCCAAACAGCAGGAGCUCUACGGUCGGGUGACCAACUCCAUGAUCCUGGUCAACGUUCUCCAGGCUAUUUAUGUGUUGGAUUUCUUUUGGAAUGAAGCCUGGUACCUGAAAACCAUUGACAUCUGCCAUGAUCAUUUUGGGUGGUACCUUGGUUGGGGAGACUGUGUGUGGCUCCCCUUCCUCUACACACUCCAGGGCCUGUACCUGGUCUACAAUCCAGUCCAGCUUUCUACUUCUAAUGUUGUUGGAGUCCUACUCUUGGGCCUCGUCGGCUACUACAUCUUCAGGAUGACCAAUCACCAGAAGGACCUGUUUCGCCGCACUGACGGCAACUGCAAGAUCUGGGGCAGGAAACCAGCGUACAUUGAGUGCUCCUACACCUCUGCCAACGGCACGAAACACCAGAGCAAGCUCAUGAUCUCUGGCUUCUGGGGGGUGGCGCGCCAUUUCAAUUACACCGGUGACCUGAUGGGGUCGCUGUCCUACUGCCUGGCCUGUGGUUUCGGCCACCUCCUUCCUUAUUUCUACAUCAUCUACAUGACAAUCCUCCUGGUGCACCGCUGUGUCCGUGACGAACACCGCUGCUCCAGCAAGUACGGCACGGACUGGAAGCGCUACACAGACGCAGUGCCCUGUCGGAUUUUACCUGCCAUUUUCUAGAAUUCACAUUUUACAUCAGCAGUUUGAUCCAUUCCUGGUUUUACUAUGAAUUAAUCGGACACUGAAGAGCUUGUUGCCUGUACAUGUGGCUAAUCAUGCUCGUAGCAAAACUUGGAAUGGGUAAUGCUGUAUAAUUGCAGUAGUAUUUCCAUCCCUGUGCAUUACAUUUUUAUUGGAUAUUGGAAUUGUUUUUUGUUUUGUUUUGUUUUGGGAGGAGGUUGUUGUAUAUAAUUUAACUGUUAAAGGAAAAAGCUACCAUCUCUCAAAAUGGUACACCACAUAGAAAACCAAGGUAAAUAAUCAACAGAAACCUGUAGAAAGCUGAAAGCUUGCAGAUUUAACAAUGGAUUAAAAAAAAAAAAAAACUAUGAUACUGCCAAAUUUAGCUUGGUUUUCACAUUGAUAGUCACAUCUGUCUAAAGAGGAGUAGAUUUAAAAACAUAGUUUCUGUUUUUAUUAACCAACAAUGUAUUUUUCUUUCACGAAACAGACCUUUGUUUUCAUAUCCAAAAAUCACAUUUAGACCCAUGGGACCCUUUAUAAAAAAAAAAAAAAAAAAAAAACACCUUUCUCCUAUAUUUGUUUUUUCUCAACGUGUUUUUGUCAAUAAAAUAAAGUGCAAUAUUCAUGAAACUGUUCCUGGCUUCUUUAAUAGUGUAGAACAAUUUCAUGAAUUAAAAAAAAAAAUCCAUAAUCACUUUUUCAAAACUUUCUGAAGUGUUUCACUAUUUCAUGCGACUGUGUUUAACAUUUGAAAUUGUGUAUAUUUUUUGUCAUUAAAAUGUACGCUGAAA